AUGAGCGACCCCUCGAACUGUUGUGAGACGCUCGCGUGGGUCAAAGAGCGAAUCCACGACAAGAAGCACUUCACCGCCCGUCUUCUGGCUCAGCUCUCCGAAGUGUCCGGCAUGGACGCGGAGCUUGUCACCAAAGUGCUCGGAGGAAUUCUUUUCACUCUUUUGGCUUUCAGCGAUCAGGUUGGAAGUGCGCCCGAUUGCUAAUACAGUCCUCUCUUCUUCAGGCGCACUUCUUCGCCAACGCCAUUCUCGUGGUCGUUCCGUUCGUGCUCAUUUUUGUGUAUCCGGCCGAAAAACCAUUAGACGACUCUCUUUUCGUCUACUUUUCGCUGUUCGGAGCGCUCACCGUCGUUGACCGAAGUCUCGAGCGGAUUCCGUGCUAUUAUAUCCUAAAACUGGCGCUCUUCUUGCUGCUUUUUAUGCCGCCGUACGUGCUCCACAAGCGGGUCAGUCAGCUCAUUCAGGAGCAGCUCAAGAGCACGGAGCCGCUUUCCGAGAUGAGCAAGAGCACUCCGAAGAGCCAGAUUCGAUCGACCGUCACUGCGGUUUCCUCGACUCCGGCUCCCCCUGACCCUCCAGCUGAGCCAGCUCCCAGAGUUAGUUCCAUCCCCCCCCCCCACAAGCUCUAAACGCCAAUUUCAGAGCAUUCCAUCUCCAACGAAGAGUUCAACCGAUCUGAUCGGAGGUUCGCGCCGUCUGAAGGUCGGAGUGAAUCCAAUGGAGUCUUCUUCGUUCCAUAAUCUGAAGUCAUCCACCGAUGGAUUCAACUCGACUCGUAAGGAUUGAAAAUUGCUAUUUUCGGACGUACACAAUACAUUUCCAGUGGUGGGCAACAAUCUGAACGACAUGAUAUUCCAUCCGCAGGACAAGCUCGUCUUUAAUGCUCCAUUCGACUACGACAACUUGACGUACCACAUGAAGGUCACAAACAAGAGCCAUCACCGGAUCGCGUAUGCCGUCAAGGGGAACUCGGUGCCACGUGUCAUGGCCAACCCGGCGUUCGGAAUCAUGACUCCUGGAGAGGAGCGUCUUAUCGCCGUGUCGGUGCAGAAAUUUGUGUGGAAUGAGUUCGACUACGAGAAGGAUCGCAUCGCGUUCGACUACGUCGUCUUGCCGGACAGCAACAAGGCGAGCCAGUUCUCGCUGGAACUGUUCACACAUUCGGACACGAAGCGCCGCAAGAACAUCAGAAUCGAGUACAAUCCGUGA